CAAACUACCGCUUGACUUUGACUCUUCGUGGACUAACUUUAGUUCGCUAGUUUACUUUAUUUAAUCGAUUGUCCAGUAUCAAUAGUAGCUAAACGAUCGUAUCUCUGACGUUACGUUUAACCCGCCGCUCGUGUCUGUUUGUUUCAAGGAACUCACGAGAGCUGAAAUGGAUAAAAUCGUCAUCCUGUCAGAUGGAGACAGUACCGACGAACUUCAGAAGUACCUGUCCUCGCUUACACAUGACCAGCUCACCGCUGUGAUUAACAACGGCGCACUGAAGGGUAAGAAGGUCGGUGCCAUGAUGAAAGGCAUAUUUAAAGGCUCCCCACCCACUUCCACUGAAGGGUCAGGCCGCAGACUUCUUGUUUAUGAGCACUGCAUCCCUCUGUGUGAGUCUGGGGAUCUUCAGACUGAGGUGGCAGCUGAUAUCAUUGGACUGCUGAUGCUGGAGACUCACACGCUGCCUGGACCCUCUCUUGCAAAACUGGCGUCUCUUUUUGUUGAAGCCAUUAAGGUGGGAAAAAUGGGCAGUGGGAAAUCCCUGGAGCUGUUUCCUACUGUGCUCACUGCCCUUUCAGCAUGUGAAGCCUUGUCUUAUGGCAAAGGCGAACUCAGUGGUGAAGAAUACAAGAAACAGCUGAUCAACAGCCUCUGCUCGAGCAGAUGGGACCCGCAAUGUGUCAUCCACCUGACAACCAUGUUCAGGGAUGUGCCCUUGUCAUCAGAGGAGCUGCAGUUUGUGGUGGAGAAAGUGCUGAGGAUGUUCACCAAGCUGGAUCUGCAGGAGAUCCCACCACUGGUUUAUCAACUGCUGCUAUUAUCUGCUAAGGGCUGUAAGAAACAGGUCCUGGAUGGAAUCAUCUGUUAUUUUAAGGACCAAGAUGUUCGCCAGGAAGAGGAGCAGAAACACGGAGAGAGCCUGGAUCUCGAGGUUCAGUCCAUUCCACAGGACCAGUUGAGGCAUGUGGAGGGCACUGCUAUCCUCCACAUAGUCUUUGCCAUACGACUCGACCAUGAACUCGGGAGAGAGUUCCUUAAAAUCUUUAAGACGUCCUAUGGGGAUCUCUGCCCUUUCAGCGUUGCCCUGUUUCUCUCAGUGGCGCGCAUCCAGCGUUAUGAAGAGCAGGUGUUUGACCUCUUGAAGGGGGCGAUCAUCAAGAGCUUCAAGGAUGAGCAGCUGCAGCAGGGGUCCAAGUUCCUGCAGGACCUCCUGCCUGGGCACUGCAGUGUGGCUCAGAUGAUACUGGACACAGUCAAGAACAGUGUGUUUGGUUGGGAUCAUGUGACCCAGGGGCUGGUGCAGCUGGGCUUCUUCCUUAUGGAUGCAUUUGGACCCAAACCUGGACCAUUUGGCAAGACCACAGAAGGGUCUGCUACCAUAGCCCGGACCCCCAAUCAGCAGGCAUGCAAGCUGGGAGGACAGGUGCUUCUGCAGGGCUUUAAGAUGCACGAGCCCAUCAGAGGCGAGAUACUGGACCAGGUCUUGAAUCGACUGGUCACAAAGACAGCCUCACCUGUCAAUCAUUACUUGGAUCUUUUCUCUGACAUUGUGGUCUCGGCUCCCAUGAUCCUCCUGGAGUCAUCUUCCAAGGUGACGGAGACAUUUGACCACCUGUCAUACCUGCCUUUGACCACUGUUCAGGGUUUACUGAAAGCUAUCCAGCCCUUGCUUAAAGUCAGUAUGUCUUUGAAAGAUGCUUUGAUUCUAGUUCUCCGCAAGGCCAUGUUUUCCAGCCAACUGGAUGGCAGGAAGUCUGCAGUGGCUGGCUUCUUGUUGCUGCUGAAGAACUUCAAAGUGUUGGGCAGCUUGGCCUCAAGCCAGUGUAGCCAGGCGAUCUCCUCGAGCCAGAUCCAAGUGGACGUUCACGCUCGCUACAACUCCGCUGCCAAUGAAGCGUUCUGUCUGGAGAUCCUCAGCAGCCUGCGUCGCUGCCUCGGCCAGCAGGCUGACGUGCGCCUCAUGCUCUAUGAGGGUUUCUACGAUGUCCUCCGUCGCAACUCUCAACUUGCAAGCUCCAUCAUGCAGACCCUCCUCUCGCAGCUGAGGCGGUACUACGAGCCUGAACAAGACCUCCUGCCCCCGGUGAAACUGGAACCGAGCAUCACCGCUCUCGGAGACCAAGUCUACCUCCAGGAGCCUCUGGCCCAUCUGGUGAGCUGUACUGUACAUUGCCUGCUGUGGCUGCAGAACAUGCGGCGAUCGGCCAACCCCAACGCUGACGACAGCGGUGAGGAGGAUGAUGAUGAUGAAGGGGAGGGAUACCAGUCUGAACUACAGACAAUCCUAGAGAGCAUGACAAGACGCAUGAUCAAGAGUGAACUGGAGGACUUUGAGCUGGACAAGUCAGCGGAGUUCUCCACAGCAUCCAGUGUUGGGGUUAAGAAUAACAUCUAUGCUGUGCUGGUGAUGGGAGUGUAUGAGAUCCUUAUGGAGUACAACUUCAUCCAAGCCAACUACAGUAAAAGCUGCUUUCAGGAGCUCGUGGAGCUGUUUAACCGCUACCACAAACUGUCCGAGAUCCUGAAGGAGAAAUCUGGAAAGGGUCGAGUGCCUUCAAACAAGAGUCCUCGCAGUUUACUGUCUUCGGGCUUCAUUUCGACUCUCCUCACUGUGCUCUUCAGGGACAGUACUCAGAGCAGAGAGGAGGCGCUCUCAGUGCUUCGCUCAAGUGGAGAAUUUGUGCGCUACGCAGUAACUGUGGCUGUGCAGAAGAUCCAGCAGCUGGAGGAAACCGGACACACAGACGGACCAGACGGACAGAACGCAGACAGAACUUUCCGCUUCCUCUGUGACAUGACAAGUGUGCUGAUGUGGCGUUACACCAACAUCCCCAGUGUGGUGGAGGACGCGGGGAAGAAGGAGAAGCGCUCCAGCUUGUCCCUGCUGUGCCUGGAAGGUCUGCUCAGGAUCUUCACCACUUGUCAGCAGCGCUAUCCAGACAGGAUGGCCCAGCUCCUCUCCACCAUGGACAUCUCGGAGGACGAUGCGGAGCCAGACGAUGGCAACGUUACAGAGAUGAACUUCUUUUACAUCAGACAGUUUCAGAGGGCACUGUUCACACAGCUAAGUGGAGGCGAGGAAGAGUUUAACAGCAAAGAGGCUCAGCUGCUGGUCAGCAUCUUGAGUGUGCUUUCACGCCAGCUAAAGCCCUCCUCCCAGCAGGUAGCUGUACUCUUAAAUGCACCUCACACAACAGCACAAGUUAGCACCUGUUCCACUAACGCGCGUCUUCAUCUACAGUUUGUGCAGAUGAUCAGGUGGACUGUGAAAAUCUGCAAGGAGACCAGUUUCGAGGACUCUGCUUUCUCCAAGAGCCUGCUCUCGCUUCUCUUCAACCUGCAUGUUCUCUAUAAGAGUCCUGUCAGCCUGUUGCUGGAACUGUGCCAAGACAUCCACAGCCAACUGGGAGAUAUCGAUCCGAAUGUGGAGGUGGAAAAACAGUCUCACUUUGCCAUCGUCAACAUCAAGACUGCGACCACAGGAGCGCUGCUGGUCCUGUCUCUGGUUGACAGAGUGCUUGAUGAAGUGGACUGGCUGAUCGCCAGGAAGAAAAGCCAGACAUCCUCUGACAGAUCGGGUUCUGGCGAGGCCACCCAGACUGCAGGCCAGCAGGAUCCAAUAGAGAAGGCACUGACGCUGCAGCUCGGGACUCUUUUGACGGCUUUGAAUGAGCUGGUCCAGACGGCGCUGCUGCCGGGCACCUGCACCAUCACACUGCUGAGAGAACUGAGUCGCACGUACACCACCCUCACCACGCUGGUCAAAUAUUACAUCCAGGUGUGCACCAGCCAGCACGGUGCACUGCCGGCCCGCUUUGAGAAGCUGGUCAAGCUGUCGGGCUCCCACCUAACGCCGCAGUGCUACUCCUUCAUCACACACGCACAGAGUGGAGAAUUCAGUGGUGGAGAUGACAAGAAGAAAAAGAAAAGAAAUGACGGGAACACUGCUGGCUCUGCAAAGCUUCUGCGUGAGACGAAAGCCGUCCCUAACGUGAUCUUCAGUAUUGAGCAGUAUGAAAAAUACCUCAUCACACUCUCAAAGAAAUCAAAGGUUAACCUGAUGCAGUACAUGAAGCUGAGCACCUCGAGAGAUUUCCGCAUCAACCGUGCUACUCUGGACGCAGCCCUGCAAGAGCAGGAUGACAGUCAGGAGACCAACGAGUCACAGGAGGCAGCGGAGACCCAUGAACCCCAUCAGAAGAAGAGAAAACAGUGAGCCAAGACUCACUUCGUGUGAAUCACGCGUCUCCAGAUUCUCCACGGAUCUUGAACUUGACCUGCUGUUAAACAGCCUCCUGGCAGUUGUGUGUGUGUGUUUGAACUGCUGCUCUGAAUUGAACUAUCUUCCUUUGUUCAGAGAGCCUUUCGUGAUGUCGAGGAGUUGGUACAUGUCCAAUGCCUCACCUGUGGAAAGUUUGCACAACGUUUGUUCCUAGAGUUCACUUUAUUUAGUACCACACGUAUUUCUAAACAUGUUAAUUGUAGCAGCUUCCAGCAGCCACAUUAAAGAUAGUAGAGUUAUAACUACAUAUAGUAAUGCUAAAGAUGGCCCUACUUUAUCAGUUAUUUAAUUCACAAGGGAAAGAGGUGGAUAUAUGGUUACAUAAAUGCUUUGUGUCAAGUGCUGGUUUUUGUUUUAAAAUGAAUAUUUUCUUUCUUAUUCUAUUUAUUUAGUUUUCUUUUAAGGCUGGCAGGUAUCAGGAGUUGAGCUGUUGAAAUGUUCAUGUGCUCUAAUUUG